AUGAACUACAUCAUCUGGAAUAGCAGGGGUGCGUUAAAACCCAAUUUUCAAAGUCAUAUUAAGGAUUUGGCUCGUGUUCAUGAUCCGGCAGUUUUUGUGGUUAUGGAAACUCGUUUGGGAGGGGAGAGAGCAAAAGGCAUUACAGAUAGAUUGUCUUUUGAUGGAGCGAUUCAUACGAAUACGAUUGGCUGUACGGGGGGAUUAUGGCUUCUUUGGAAUUCAGACAAAGUAGAAGUUUCUCUUAUGGAAAAAACAGAGCAGGAAAUUCAUGUUACUAUUAAGGUACAAACUUCCAAUCUGUCCUGGUUAUUUUCAGCUAUUUAUGCUAGUCCUAGGUUUGCUGAUAGGUCUAUUUUGUGGAAUAAUCUUAUAAAUGUUGCGGAGCUGUAUAGCAUGCCCUGGGUCAUUGCAGGGGAUUUUAAUGAGCCUCUCUCUAGUGCUGAUAAGUUAGGAGGAAGAGAGGUCAGCAUUAGGAGGUCUCUCCUUUUAAAGGACUGUCUGGAUAGAUGCAACAUGAUAGACCUGGGGUUCUCAGGCUCAAGGUUUACUUGGGCCAAUUGUAGAGAUGCUCACAUUCUCAUCCAAGAAAGAAUAGAUAGAUUUUUUGUAAACUCUAGUUGGUGUACUCUUUAUCCUGAAGCUAAGGUUUCCCAUCUUACUCGUUGUCACUCGGACCACUAUCCGGUUCUUUUGGAAACCAGUCCUGCUGUGUGGUCUAAGCCUAAUGUGUCUUUCAAGUUCUAG